AUGCUAGGGCCGCAGUUUGCAACCUGGCCGGAGAAUGUAUCAGAUCUUGCGCACCGAGUCGACACUGGCCGCCGGUGGGUUCCCUCGCCGAAUGUGGACCCCUUCCCGCUGCCGUCCGCCGAGUCGAAAGAGGAGCCGGUCAUCCCUUCUGCGCAGAGCUCGAGCUCGUACGAGAAGAGAAAGCGGCACGGGGACGACGACCCGUUCAAGCGGCGGCGAUCGUUCCGAUCGUGGCUCUCCUCGUUCCGGCAGAGUUUGUUCGGCGGAAGACGCAGGGAGAGGGACUCGCCACAGGACACAUGCGACUGGCCGGCUCUGUGCGGCGGCAGGCACCAGGUCACUCCAGCAGAGUGGCGAGCGUAUGGAUACUGGGCGCGGCCGUCCGUCAACGGCGUGAUCGUACGAAACGCUACACCGCCAUCCGUCCCCAGGGAUCUCACUCGCAGAGAGGUCGAGGCCGUCUUCCGCAGCCUCACGGACGAGCAUGGCAGUCCGCGGCCGGAGAACUGGGUCCCGCGCAUCGAGCACCCCUCCCUGCCGCCGCGGCCCGCCCUCUGGGACACGCCCCGGCAGCCCGUCCACCACGUCCCGCCAGCCGAGCUGCAGCUGAACCCGUUCCUGCGCCACCGCGCGACCGGGCGGCCGCCGAUCCUGUUCGACCUGCGCGUGCACCAGUGCCUCGUCUACCUCGGGGAGCUGCCGCCGCUCGCGCCGGGCGAGGAGCCGCUGCGCAUCCCGUUCUACUCCGACGGGCCCAACGGCUCGCAGCCCGCGACGCACCCGCCCGUCGCGAGCGUGCGCAUCACCGCGCUCGCGGACGACACCUUCCCCGUGUUCCCGUGGCCGAUCACGGUCAUGCCGCACCACCCCGCGCUGCCCGUGCUCGUGCGCGACGUGCUCAACGCGUGCAUCGCCAACUUUGAGGAGCGCAUGACGCGCGAGGAGGUCGACGCGCUCGCGCUCGACCGCCGCCCGCAGGUGUUCCGCGCGUACUGGGCGCGCGUGCGCAGCAUGGUCGCGGGGCGCAUCCCCGGCGACGACGACGGCCUCCGCCGCAUCGACUACCUCGGCGACCGCGUGUUCUUCCGGGGGCUGGAGCCCGCGCCGGACGGGGACGGCUUCAUGCUCUUCAUGGGUGCUCCAUAA